CGGUGUCAUCAGCCAGGCACCGGUGGCGUGGGUUUCUCUUGUCAAACUAGACACUAUUUCUUCUUUUUGAACAGUAUAACUAAUUACUUGCAGUUUUAGACAAAAUGACGGAGCGGAAAGGAACAGCAAAGCUGGACUUCCUGAGAAAGAUUGAAUUGGAAAUCCAGGAGAAAUGGGAGAGGGAGAGAACAUUUGAGCAAGAUGCACCGACAACAGUCGGGGAAAGUACAAAUAAAAACAAGUACCUGGUCACCUUUCCCUAUCCUUACAUGAAUGGCCGUUUGCACCUUGGCCAUACAUUCAGUUUUUCAAAAUGUGAGUUUGCUGUUGGUUACCAGUCUCUUAAGGGAAAGAAAUGCCUCUUUCCAUUCGGGUUGCACUGUACAGGAAUGCCGAUCAAAGCCUGUGCAGACAAGCUGAAGAGAGAGAUGGAGUUGUAUGGAAACCCUCCACAGUUUCCAGAGGAGGAGGAAGAAGAGAAACAACAGCAAACAACAUCUGAUGAAAUCAUUAUCAAGGACAAAGCAAAGGGCAAAAGGAGUAAAGCAGUGGCCAAAUCUGGAUCCACCGCUUUCCAGUGGGACAUCAUGAGGUCUCUGGGCUUAACUGACCAGGAGAUUGUCAAGUUUGCUGAUGCUGAACACUGGCUGGAUUACUUCCCUCCUUUGGCUGUCAAAGAUCUCAAAGGGAUGGGAGUCAAGGUGGACUGGAGGCGUUCAUUCAUCACCACAGACGUGAACCCCUUCUACGACUCCUUUGUCAGGUGGCAGUUUGUUACUCUAAAAGAGAGGAAAAAGAUCAAAUUUGGUAAAAGGUAUACUAUCUACUGUCCCAAGGAUGGACAACCAUGCAUGGACCAUGACAGACAGACAGGAGAGGGAGUUGGACCUCAGGAAUACACCCUGAUCAAGAUGGAGGUCGUUGAACCCUACACAGCAAAAUUCAAAUCCAAGGUCUUUUAUAGCAGCGGUAUGAAAGGCAAAAACAUCUUCCUGGUGGCUGCUACACUUAGACCAGAGACCAUGUUUGGUCAGACCAACUGCUGGGUGAGACCUGACAUGAAGUAUGUUGCUUUUGAGACAACCAGUGGGGACGUCUUCAUCUCCACCAGAAGGGCUGCCAGGAAUAUGUCUUUCCAGGGCUUCACCAAGGAAAAUGGAGUGGUGCCAGUAAUAAUGGAAGUACUGGGACAGGAUAUCCUCGGCUGUGCCCUGAGUGCUCCUCUGACCUCCUAUAACAUCAUCUAUGCUCUCCCUAUGCUCACCAUCAAGGAGGAUAAAGGUACUGGGGUUGUUACCAGUGUACCAUCUGAUGCUCCUGAUGACAUUGCUGCUCUCAGGGACAUCAAGAAAAAACAGGCGCUGCGGGAGAAGUAUGGAAUUGAGGACAAGAUGGUUCUGCCUUUUGAGCCGAUCCCUAUCAUUGAGAUUCCAGGAUAUGGCAACCUGUCUGCUCCUCUGGUGUGUGAUGAGCUGAAGAUUCAGAGCCAGAAUGACAAGGAGAAACUGGCUGAAGCCAAGGAGAAGGUUUAUCUGAAGGGAUUUUAUGAAGGGAUCAUGCUUGUGGAAGGCUACAAGGGCCAGACGGUCCAGGAUGUCAAGAAGCCCAUCCAGAAGAUGAUGGUUGAAAAGGGAGAAGCCAUGAUCUACAUGGAGCCAGAAAAGCAGGUCAUGUCACGUUCAGCUGACGAGUGUGUGGUGGCUCUUUGUGACCAGUGGUAUUUGGAUUAUGGGGAUGCUGAGUGGAAGCAGCAGGCCAACGAAGCCCUGAAGUCAUUGGAAACAUUUUGUGAGGAGACCAGAAGAAACUUUGAGGCAACUUUGGACUGGCUGCAGGAGCAUGCCUGCUCACGUACCUAUGGUCUUGGAACGCGACUGCCUUGGGACGAGCAGUGGCUGAUUGAGUCCCUGUCAGACUCCACCAUCUACAUGGCUUACUACACCGUAGCCCACCUUCUGCAGGGAGGUGUGCUUAACGGCCAAGGAGAGUCACCACUGGGCAUCAAGCCAGAGCAGAUGACUAGAGAGGUGUGGGACUUCAUCUUCUUUAAGACUUCUCCGUUCCCUAAGACCAACAUCCCUAAAGAGCAUCUGCAGAGGCUUAGAAGGGAGUUUGAGUACUGGUACCCCGUGGAUGUCCGUGUAUCUGGCAAAGAUCUGGUGCCCAACCAUUUGUCAUAUUACCUGUACAACCAUGUGGCCAUGUGGCCCAAAGACAACGGGAAGUGGCCACAAGCAGUGCGAGCUAAUGGACAUCUGCUCCUCAACUCUGAAAAGAUGUCCAAAUCAACUGGAAAUUUCCUCACUCUCAGCCAAGCCAUUGACAAGUUUUCAGCAGACGGUAUGCGUCUGGCUCUAGCGGAUGCUGGAGACACAGUGGAGGAUGCUAACUUUGUAGAGACCAUGGCUGAUGCUGGCAUCCUGCGCCUCUACACCUGGGUGGAAUGGGUGAAGGAGAUGAUUGCCAACCAGAACAACCUGAGGACGGGACCUGCAGACACCUUUAAUGAUCGGGUUUUUUCCAGUGAGAUGAAUUCAGGCAUCCUGAAGACAGAGCAGCACUAUGAGAGGAUGAUGUACAAGGAGGCUUUGAAAAGUGGCUUUUUUGAAUUUCAGGCAGCCAAAGAUAAGUAUCGGGAGCUGGCCAUCGAAGGCAUGCACAGAGACCUUGUCUUCCAGUUCAUAGAAAGGCAAACUCUGCUGCUGGCCCCCAUCUGCCCGCACCUUUGUGAAUACACUUGGGGUCUGCUUGGCAAGACUGGCUCUCUGAUGAAGGCAUCAUGGCCUGUGGCUGGGCCCGUGGACGAGGUUCUGAUUCGUUCCUCUCAAUAUUUGAUGGAAACUGCUCACGACCUUCGUCUUCGCCUCAAAGCCUACAUGCUUCCGCCUAAAAGCAAGAAAGGUGACUCCAAGCCUCCAGCCAAGCCCUCCCACUGCACCAUCUACGUGGCCAAGAGCUACCCUCCAUGGCAGCACAGUGCCUUAUCCCUGCUCGGCAAGCACUACAAGACCAACAACGGGGUCCUUCCGGACAACAAAGUGAUAGCGAGUGAACUAGGCGCUCUGCCAGAACUGAAGAAAUACAUGAAGAGAGUCAUGCCUUUUGUAGCCAUGAUCAAGGAGAACCUGGAGAAGAAUGGACCCAGAGUUUUGGAUUUGGAGCUGGAAUUUGAUGAGCGAGCAGUUCUCAUGGAGAACCUGGUCUACUUGACUAAUUCUUUGGAGUUGGAGCAGAUUGACAUCUUGUUUGCUUCUGAGGCUGAUGACAAAGUGAAGGAGGACUGUUGCCCAGGGAAACCGUUCAGUGUUUUCAGAUCAGAGCCUGGAGUUUCUGUGUCCUUGGUCAACCCUCAGCCGUGCAAUGGCAUGUUUUCUACAAAGGUUGACAUCCGACAGGGGGACAGCAGAGACAGCAUCGUCCGCAGGCUAGCCAAGGUCAAUAGACUCAUUAAAGAUCUGUCCAGAGUCAAGUUGAUGAGGUAUGAGGACCCUUUGCUCGGCCCUCGCCGGCUGCCUGUCCUGGGACAGGAGGAACAAGGCAAACUGCUCAUCUCCAACAAAUCUGUGUUCAACAUCAAUCUGGAGGAGAAGAAGGUCACUCUGGCUGACAACGGCCUAACUGUAGACAUUGGCGACACUCUGGUUUAUCUGGUUCAUUAGAAUAACAUUGAACACACACGCGCACGC